AUGCAUGUCUUUCUUUUGCUGGCGGCCUUUCCUGUUUGCGCUCUUGCCUCGAGUGUCGCCACGGUUCUCGAUGUGCAAUACUACAUCCCCUCAAAGACCGAGCUGGCGCAUGACUUCGACGCGAAAGAGCCAUUCCCGGUGACUGUCAUCACCUCGCCCAAUGCGACCCUUACUGCAUCAUGUCUCAACAGCACCAUUUCCGAUUACUUGGCUCGAGACGAUGUUCUUACCAAGGGGUUCUUGUCGGCGUUCUACUUCCAAGGCCCUGAAGACCUCACCCUGGCCCCAGAAACAGAGUCUCUCCUCCAAACCUUCGGCACCACCAGGGUCCUCUGGGCUCCCUCGCAAGAUACCGUGACGCUCGCGGACGGGCCUUACUUUGCUACGGGCUCCGGCCUGCACCGCGCCUGGCGUCUCUACGACGACCACACGAACUCGUUUGUGUUACCUACUAUACCCUCUCCCACCGACGUCGACGCCUACGAGGACCUCCCUGUACGGGGCACCGGCCUAUCCGGCGACAUGUCGAUCGCCGUGCCGUCGAGGCUGUUCUACAAGCCGACCCCCGAGAAACCCCUUGCCGGCGUUCGCAUAGGCGUGAAGGACCAGUACGCCAUCAAGGGUCUUAUAACAACGUACGGAAGCCGUGCAUACGCCAGCACUUAUCCCCCGUCCAAUGUGACGUCCGGGGUAAUCCAGCAUCUGAUCGAUAUGGGGGCCGUUGUUGUGGGGAAGACCAAGCUGUCGGUCUUCGCGAAUGCCUGGCUCAGCAUUGCCGAGUGGCCUGACUAUUCGUUGCCAUUUAAUCCCCGCGGCGAUUCGUAUCUAGUCCCCGGCGCCUCGUCUGCUGGCUCAGGUGCUGCUAUGGCCGCGUAUGACUGGCUGGACAGUACCAUUGGCGAGGAUACCGGUGGCUCCAUGCGUUUCCCUGCCGCGCAGAACGGCGUCUACGGAAUCCGCUCGACCAAGAACAGCACCAACAACACCGCAACACCAUUCGGACCGUUCGAUGUCGCGGGCCAUUUUGCCAGGGAUGUGGACUCCUUCAACAGCGUCGGUGCUGUUAUGUACAGCCAGGUGGGGUACAAGAACUACACCAAGUUCCCUAGGAAGAUUAUCUACCCGCAGGAGUACUGGGCCAAUAUCAACCCGGACUACACGGCGCCGUGCGAAGAGUACGUCCAGAACCUGGAAGCAUUCCUCGGCGUAAACCGUACCGUGGUCGACAGUAACGCGCUCUGGUAUGAAUACUCCGGCCAGAACACCAGCCUGGUGGAUUAUUUUGCAAAUCUCGUCCCCUACGUGUCCGGAACAAACAACUUCACCCGAGCCUUCAAAAAAGACUACAUCGCGAAAUUCAACCGCUACCCCUACGUCGCCCUCAACAGCGCAGGGAGCGCCUCCCUGGCGCCGCAAAACAGCACCCUGGGCGAAAUCGGCUUCGCUCUGCAAUCCGAGUUCCAGGCCUUCUACCGCCACGCCUUCCUCCCCGCCAACGAGGAAACCUGCUCCGAAACCCUCGUCGUAUUCCCCUUCAACGGCAACGGCGGGAACCCCUGGUACAGAGACGACCCCGCCACGUAUACGGUUGAGGGCCGCGCGCCCGCACUGCCGGGGUACAUCAGCUGGAAUCUGUUGAGCGUGAUGAACGAGAGCCCCGAGGUGGCGGUGCCGGUUGGGGCGGUGGAGUAUACGAGUCGGGUUUCGCUUGUUGGGAAGGAGUACCCUGCGACGCUGGAGAUCCAGGGGGCGGUCGGGUGUGACUUUAUGCUCAUGAAUUUGGUGAGGGAGGUUGCGUAUACCCUGGGUCUGCCGAAGGGGGUCAAGACUGGGAGGAGGAUGUACUGA